UUUGUUUUAUUUAUUUAAUCUUCUUGGUAUUCUCUGAGAUUCUUAGAUGUAUAGUUUUCUGUCUGUCAUUAAUUUUGGAAGAUUUUUGGCCAUUUUGUCUUCAAAUAUUUCUUCUGCCUAUUUUCUGUCUUUUCCUUUUGGAAUUCUAAUUAUGCAUAUGUUAGAUUGUUUAAUAUGUCCCACAGCUCUUACAUGCUCUCUUACAUUACUGUUACUGAUUUUUAAAUAAAAUUCUGUUUUUCUCUUUUUGUUCAGUUUAGACAAUUUCUAUUGACCUAGCUUCAGUUUCAUUAAUUCUUUCCUUGGCUCUGUCAAGUUUACUGAUGAUUGUGUCAAAGGCAUUCUCUAUUUCUGUUUCUGUGUUUUUCAGCAUUUCAGUUUGAUUCUUUCUUACAGUUUCCAUCACUCUUCUGUGCUUUCUAGUAUUAAUUUUUAUCUUUUUCCUUACCAGAUAGCAGCCAUAUAGGGCAAGAUGUGGAUUUUGUUAGUUUUUCUUAUGCCUUUCUUGCAUAUCUUAGGUUUGGAAAAGCCUUUUGACCCAGAAAUCACCAAAAGUUGUUCCAAAAUAGAAUGACAGAACAUAAGAAGUACACUUGGAGUAGGUAGGCCUGAAAGUGGAAGUGAGAAGAGGGUUACACGGUGGUUGCAUUGAGGAAUGAAGACCUGCGGUGUGUAUCCACCAGUCUGAUUGACUUGCUCAGGGAGGCUAAAGCAUCUCUGUCCAGAAAUGUCUUCGGAAAGUACAGAACAACAUGACCUGUCACCCAAGGACUCACUUGAAGGAAAUGGACAAUACAGCGCUCCGUCUAGGAUCCGCGUGGAGCUUGAAAGGGAAUCGAGUCCUGACUUUCAGCAAUUUGAAGCCACUAAUCAAUGCAGACAUUAUCCUAGGAUCCACGUGGAGCCUCGAGAGAAAUCAAAUACCAACUUUAAGCAAUUUGCCAUCAAAAAACUACGGAAGAGUUGCCAGUGCAGCCCAACCAAAGCAAAAAAUACGAUUUUUGGUUUCCUUCCUGUUUUGCAGUGGCUCCCAAAAUACAAUCUGAAGAAAAACAUUUUAGGAGAUGUGAUGUCCGGUUUGAUUGUGGGUAUCUUGUUGGUGCCCCAGUCCAUUGCUUAUUCCCUUUUAGCUGGCCAAGAACCGAUCUAUGGUCUGUACACAUCUUUUUUUGCCAGCAUCAUUUAUUUCCUACUGGGGACUUCCCGUCACAUCUCUGUGGGCAUUUUUGGAAUACUGUGCCUUAUGAUUGGUGAGGUAGUUGACCGAGAACUAAACAAAGCUGGCUUUGACACUGCCCAUAUUGCCCCGCCCUUAGGAAUGGUUUGGAAUGGGAGCACACCAUUAAACCAGACAUCCGAAAGGAUAUGUGACAGAAGUUGCUAUGCAAUUGCAGUGGGCAGCACUGUAACCUUUAUGGCUGGAGUUUAUCAGGUAGCGAUGGGCUUCUUUCAAGUGGGCUUUGUUUCUGUCUACCUCUCAGAUGCCUUGCUGAGUGGAUUUGUCACUGGUGCCUCCUUCACUAUUCUUACAUCUCAGGCCAAGUAUCUCCUUGGGCUCAGCCUUCCUCGGAGUAAUGGUGUGGGCUCACUCAUUACUACUUGGAUACAUAUCUUCAGAAGCAUCCAUAAGACCAAUGUCUGUGAUCUCAUCACCAGCCUUUUAUGCCUUUUGGUUCUUUUGCCAACCAAAGAACUCAAUGAGCACUUCAAGUCCAAGCUUAAGGCACCGAUUCCUACCGAACUCAUUGUCGUCGUGGCAGCGACAUUAGCCUCCCAUUUUGGAAAACUAAAUGAGAAAUACAAUACCAGUGUUGCUGGACACAUUCCCACUGGGUUCAUGCCACCCAAAGCACCGGACUGGAACUUAAUUCCUAGUGUGGCUACAGAUGCAAUAGCUAUGUCUAUCAUUGGUUUUGCCAUCACUGUGUCACUUUCUGAGAUGUUUGCCAAGAAACACGGCUACGCGGUCAGAGCUAACCAGGAAAUGUAUGCGCUCGGCUUCUGCAACAUCGUCCCUUCCUUCUUCCACUGCUUUACGACUAGCGCAGCUCUCGCAAAGACGCUGGUUAAAGAAUCGACAGGCUGCCAAACUCAGCUUUCUGGCGUGGUAACUGCUCUGGUUCUCUUGUUGGUCCUCCUGGUAAUAGCUCCUUUAUUCUAUUCCCUUCAGAAAAGUGUCCUCGGUGUGAUCACUAUUGUAAAUCUCCGGGGAGCUCUAUGUAAAUUUAAGGAUCUGCCCAAGAUGUGGAGGGUUAGCAGAAUGGAUACAGUUAUCUGGUUUGUCACUAUGCUGUCCUCUGCACUGAUAAGUACUGAAAUGGGCCUGCUUAUUGGAGUUUGUUUUUCUAUGUUUUGCGUCAUCCUUCGUUCUCAGAAGCCAAAGAGUUCAUUGCUUGGCUUGGUGGAAGAGUCAGAAAUUUUUGAAUCCGUGUCUGCUUACAAAAACCUUCAGGCUAAGCCGGGCAUCAAGGUUUUCCGCUUUGUAGCCCCUCUCUACUACAUAAACAAAGAAUGUUUUAAAUCUGCAUUAUACAAAAAAACUCUCAACCCAAUCUUAGUAAAGGCAGCUCAGAAGAAGGCAGCAAAGAGAAAGCUCAAAAAGGAAACAGUGACUCUCAGUGGACUCCAGGAUGAAGUUUCAGUGCAACUUUCCCACGAUCCCGUGGAACUCCAUACCAUAGUGAUUGACUGCAGCGCAAUCCAGUUUUUAGAUACAGCAGGGAUCCAUACGCUGAAGGAAGUUCGCAGAGAUUAUGAAGCCAUUGGCAUACAAGUUCUGCUGGCUCAGUGCAAUCCCUCUGUGAAGGAUUCCCUGGCCCGGGGAGAGUAUUGCAAAAAGGAAGACGAAAACCUUUUUUAUAGUGUAUAUGAAGCGAUAGCUUUUGCAGAAGAAUCUCAAAAUCUGAAAGGAACGUGUAUUCCCAAUGGUCUGAGUCUUUCCAGUGAUCAGCUGGAUAAGUAGGUGGAAGGAGGAAGAAUGUCUGGCCAAUAGCAGCUUGCACACUUGAAAUUUUAACCUGUUGACUAGACAUUAUCCUUCCUUCGAAGCUGAUGGCCUUUGUAGAUACACAGAUGCAGCAGAGCUCCUAGUUAGGAUCAGAAAGAAGGAGAUAUCGUGGUUCUAUGCUUUCUUGCAGAUAGGAAGUAUUCUUGAAAUUAAGUAUCUAUUGAGGUGAACUGUGAAGUAGCCCUUACACUUAAUGACCAUCCUCUUUGAGGAGAUAUGUAUUUGGACUCUUCCUUCUUCACGGGGUAAAGGGGGGUGAAGUUGGCAUUUUACAUGAGAAGUGCUGGAGCCUACAUCAUAUGGCUUUUUGGAGAGAGAGUGGAAAGGAGGCAGGGAAAGAAUGUUGUGUCUGCUAUUGUACCAGCAAGUCAAGAGACCUCUGGAGCCCAAGGUAAUAACUACACAAAUUUCUUAUUUGUACUUCUGCAUACCCAGUUUCUGCUUCCCAAAUGGCAGUAGGAUCUUUGGCUUUUAAUAGGAAAGCACCAUUCCUUUCCUUAAGGCAGGGAACCGUGGGCACAGGCCCAUCAGGAGUCUGAUGGCUAGGUAUGUUUUUGAAAUCCUACCGGUCAAUUUCACAUUAUACAGGACACUCUUUGUAAAUCAUUUGAUGUUUUUGGUCAUGCCUUUUUGUUCAGGGUAAGUAGGUAAGCAAAGAGCUUUUCAUAACUAGCAAAAAUAAUGGGAAUCCUCCCUCUCUUUUCUGUGAUCUCUGUCUAUCCCUGUUUCUGAGUAUUUCUCUACCACUGAGCUCUAUUUUAGCUUUCAGUAAUUCAGUGUAUUUUCCAUGGAAUCUCUCCUAAACAGCUGUGUCUGAUUACCAGUGACAAGCUUGCCAGAUAAAAGGCAGAAUGCUGACUGCAAUUCUAUACAGCAUUUUAAAUGAGCUUGAGGCAAACUGUUAAGGACAGAUUGCAAAUAGGAAUGAUUGACAGUUUCCCUUAAGAAUUUGUUUACUUAGCAGUGAUUUUUUUUUUUCUUCCCAUGGCAUUUUAGCAGGGGUCAGUUGGAGACUGACAGUCUUUCUCGAAUAGAAGUUACUGUUCAUCUUUCCUCUGCAAGAAAAAUUUAUUGGAACCAACAGAAAAGAAUGCACAGAAGCUUCCAUAGGAGCAUCAAUAAUUAAUUUGUAGAUGUUUUAGUGAAAACAAAGCUAAUGUUACUGCCAUGAACCCUGUUGAUUUACAACAAUUAUUGAUAAUAGUGACAGCUUUGAACUUUUUGGGCCACCUAAAACUAUUGUGCAAGAGGAUUUAGAAGUGUCACAUUCAUACAACCCAGUUAUUUAUGAUAGCUGGCCACAGGUUGUGGCUGUAGAGAGAGUCCCUUUUGAAAAGCAAGAAUGUCUGACAUUGGAUGCUUAGAGUUCUAUAUCUGGACCUUGAUAGGCUAGAAAAAACCAGCUUUUCCAAAAUUAGGACUAGGAUACUCAUUUAUGUGAGAUUGAAACAUUUACCCACACCAUUUAAAACAAUAAUAUUUGCAAAAGUGCAAUAUCAUUUUUUAACCUGCUCCUACAUUCUUGCUUUCUGCCCCCAAGCCAGGUUUGAAUCCAGACCAUUAUAGAUGUCUAAUGCUGUGUGACAGAGUAGAGUACAUGUUUAAGACAACUCUAUAAUUUAGCAAACACUAGCAUGGAAAAAACAAAAAAAGUCCAAAGAAUUUGAAAAACCCCUUAGAAGAAUGGGGUAACAGAAUUUGACCUUUACCUAACAUUUCUCUCCAUAUGUGGAUAUCAACAAUUGUGGAGCUUUAUGCAUUUAGCAAAGUCUUGAAUUGUGCUCUGGUUUGUCCCUCUCCCACCCAAACAAACAAGAGAUUCUGCUUUUGGUUGCAAGUUAUAAAAACAUUUAAGAUUUCACUGGAAUUUAUAUCUUACCCUUUCUGCUUGGGUCUAGGUCAGCCUAUGUGUACACGUUUUAAAAUUUUUUUGCUGGUAUUUAAAGAGAUCAAGCAUGAAACCAAAUCUUAAUUCACCAGCAAAACUAAUGUUUUCAUUUCCUUUGCUUUCUUACCCAAAGCCUUGAAUUUUUAGUUCAUUAGGUGAUAUUUUACAAGCUUAUUAAGGUUCAAAAAUAUCUUGUUUACUCUAAAUUUCAUGUCUAAGUGAAAUAUUUUUUCAGUGCUUAUUGACAAAUGUACAAAAUUCUGAAUAUCUUAAAAUGGUCACUUAAUUGAAAUGUAUUGUGUACACACAUUAAAAUGUAAGUUAAAAAUGUA